CACCUGAAGAUUGCUGCGGGAGCAAUGGUGGCGGACAGGUGUCUCACCUGAGGCCUAGCCUCACCCCGCCGUGCGCUGCUUCCCGCGUGGACGCCGGGGAACGGAGAGGCCCCGAGCAGGAACCUGCAUGGGACGGAGACGUGGGAUUCCCCUAUUCAUUCGAACGCCUACUUCCGGUGAAGACACGGCCCACAGACUUACUCCCGCCUUCUGCGGUCCCGCCCACUCGGCUCCCGGAAGUGGGCGAGCGAGCGCUCCCGCAAAGCACGCCGGGAGUUGUAGUUCCGGAAGCCAAGUCAGUGCGCGCGGCGGCAUGUGGCCCCGAGUGCUGCUGGGGGAGGCCCGGGUGGCUGCGGGCGGAUAUGGUGCUGUCUUGUCUCGCUUUGCCGUGCGUUUCUCCCCGCCAUGUACUGCUGGGAGCGGCUCACCCCUGCAGAGGAGCCUGCAUGGAACUGCUACGCGAGCUUUCCCGCUCAUCCCUAUAGUUGUGGAACAGACGGGUCGAGGCGAGCGCGCUUAUGACAUAUACUCGAGGCUCUUGCGGGAACGCAUCGUGUGCGUCAUGGGCCCGAUUGAUGACAGUGUCGCCAGCCUGGUCAUCGCCCAGCUGCUGUUCUUACAGUCUGAAAGCAACAAGAAACCCAUUCACAUGUACAUCAACAGCCCAGGUGGCGUGGUGACUGCGGGCCUGGCCAUCUACGACACAAUGCAGUAUAUUCUGAACCCCAUCUGCACAUGGUGUGUUGGACAGGCUGCCAGCAUGGGCUCCCUGCUACUUGCCGCUGGCAGCCCGGGCAUGCGCCACUCGCUACCCAAUUCCAGAAUCAUGAUCCACCAGCCCUCCGGAGGGGCCAGGGGCCAAGCCACAGACAUCGCCAUCCAGGCAGAGGAGAUCAUGAAGCUGAAAAAGCAGUUAUAUAAUAUCUACGCCAAACACACCAAGCAGAGCCUGCAGGUGAUCGAGUCAGCCAUGGAGAGGGACCGCUACAUGAGCCCCAUGGAGGCCCAGGAGUUUGGCAUCUUGGACAAGGUCCUGGUCCACCCACCUCAGGACGGGGAGGAUGAGCCGGAACUGGUACAGAAGGAGACUCCUACAGCACCGGCCGAUCCUCCUGCCCCGGCGAGUACCUAGGGCCUGACCUCAUCUCCAGGAAUGUGGAGACCCAGGACUGCCCACACUUCCUCUGCCGAGCCCAGAGGUAUCCCUGGAGAAGAUGUGGAUUGAGGCUGCCCUCCUGCCUGAGACACUGUGACUUUAAAUUAAACCUUUAUGGUCUUUG